UCGCCAAAUUAAUCAAAUAUUCGCAUAUUUCGCAAGCUGUUUCCUAUCGAAUAAAUUUCAAUGAAACAAAUGAAAAGACAAUUAGCGACAACAAUACAAUAAUGAUUGAAAGGCACCAAUCCAAUUUUCAAUUUUUGCAUUCGAUCAUAUCUUAUAUAUCCUUAUAAAUAGAACUAAAUGUUCUUUUAACCAUCAACUAGAACCUACAGCUUGGAGCUCAUUCUUUUAUCAAAUGGAGUCGGGAAAAGCGCAGUUAUCAGUCAUCAAUGCAUGGAAGGAACAAAAGAUAACAAAGGUGACGAACAAGACUGAGAAGAAGCUCCUAGAGAUUUCAUCAUGGGAAAAAAAGCAAACAACCAAGAUCGAAUCUCAACUCGCUAAUACCCAGCGGAAGAUGGACAGUAAGAAAAAGGAGAAAGCAGAGAAACUGAGGCGCAACAAAGCAGCAGUUCAUGCAAAAGCGCAAGAGAAGAAGGCACGGGUUCAAACCCGACGCGCUCAAGAGAUCCUCGAUGCAGAAGACGAAGCUGCUACGUUUCAAGCCACGGGACAGAUUCCCAACAAGUCAUCUUGCAGCUGCUUCUGAUAUCAUCAGAAUUAACCUGUGUUGCAGACUAUCACCUAUAACUAUCACCUAUACUUGUAUCGUUUUACGUGUGUUUUCGUAUUUGCUUGUGUUGGUCAUGGAACAAAUCAUUGUUCAACUAUCAAGCUAUUGACAACACCAAACAUGCUAGAAACCAAAAUCUGCAACCAGGUUGAAUAGAAACAGGAAAGAAUACCAUCUUAAGGUCUCAAAGACUUAUUAUUGAAGUUGGAAAAGCUGCAAACAAGGCAUAAAAGAGUCAAGACAACACCCGCUUCUUGUUGACGCAUCACAACACUGACCAGUCUACUACAAUGACAAAAAAACAUAGCAACAAACGACUUGAUAAAAAAAACUAGAUAAAAGACUCCCACUUCCACUACUACCUGGCAUUUCACACCUUCCAGGCCUUGUCUUUAUGUAGUUGAUUAUUUAGAAAGAAGGGAAAACAAA